CCGAAAAAGAAAAUUGCGUUCCAGUACGGGAAUAAAUAUUCAUGAUCCUACCGGUACCACGAGUAUCAGAAUGCAAAACAAUGGUAAGAAACAACUCCAAUCCAACACAAACAACGACCAUGACAGCGAGAACAUCUUUUUCAGUGCUCUUGUGCCUCCUGACCAUCAGAGCGGCGUUCUCUCUCCAAUCGCAACCGACGAGGUCAUUCUCUCGCAGGGAAUGGCUUUCGAAUAUGGCAACAACUGCCGUAACUGCCACUACAAUCCUUCCACAAGCUGCUAAUGCCGAUCCCUCGGUGGUCUCGGGACUCCAGGGCGGAAUCCAGGACAAAGUUGCUCCGGGACAUUGGAUUGGUCAAUUCAUUGGACUCAACUCUAAGACAGAGAAAUGGGAAUUCCCCAACAGCACCCCUGAAGAAGUCUCCAAGGCCCUCGUCGACGUCCUCACGAGUCUUACGGAAGAUCGAAAAGCCAAGUUGUACAUGCCGGAGUUCGAGAUCCAAACCGCCGACGCAUCCAAGUUGCACGUCUUAACCUGGACCAAGCUGGAAUGGCUCGAUACACUAGAUGUGACCUUUCGACCUAAGGAAAACAACGGAUGCACUGCUACCGCCAGCUUCUACGCAACGGGUUUUUUGCCGACGAAUAUCCCCGGGGCACCGCUCUUCAACGUGGCCUUCUUUUGGUUUCCCUUUGCAUCGCCGGGACCACGCGGUGAAAUGCUUCAGAGCUUUCGGCUACGGGCCUUGAAUGGCUUGGUGACGAAAAGGCUCGAAGAGAACAAGGUAACGCCCGAUCUAUAUUUUCCAUGACGACAACAAGACACGACGCCCGAAGAUGCUAAUUUGAAACGAAAUAGAGUGAUAAAACAUUA